CGAAUAUUUUCCACUUUCCAGAAAUGCCCUCUCGUUCGUUCACCUCACCAACUCGAGCUCACUCUCUCUGGUUCCCCUCUCACCCACCCCCUUCUCGAUCCCCUCCAGAUCCCCGUCGUCGCCGGCCUCUCCUCGUCGUCGUUCGCCGGCCUCUCCUCGCCACCACCGCGCACUCUGUUUCCUCCCACCGCGCACCCUGUUUCCUCCGGCCGCGCACACCGCACCGUAGGUCAAAAGCUUGCUUUUUUAGGCGCCGUCGACGAGCUUCUGGGCGGCGGAGGAUGGAUCCGCGUGCACUGAAGUUGGAUCCGCGCGUCUCGACGCCGUAGCAGCGCCGUCCUCCUCCACGACCACACAACCGCGUCGGCGGAGGACCCGAAUCCCUAGCCAGCGAGCUCAGGCAGCCAUGGAUCCAUGGUCGAUGCCAUGGAAGAGCCACCAACAGCAGCAGCUAAGAUAUGGACAUGCAGGCCGCUGCGCUCCCUGAUGCAUCAUGCGUGCUGCCCUCCCUAACCACCGCUUCUCGGACUCUACUUCUUCCUUGGUCACCAUGGAAGGUGGAGUGUUGUUGAGGUCUGGGAGAACCAUCUUCUACAGGCGAGACGACGAGGCCGUUGUCAGUGGUGAGCUGGUACUACAGGAGAAGGAACAUGCCCAAGAGAAGAAGGAUCACGCCCAGGACAACAAGAAGGAGCAGGAUAAGGCCCUAAGGACCUGGGAUCGCUGCUGCUGGACCUGGGACCUGGGAUCGCUGCUGCUGGAGCUGGGACCUAGGAUUGCUGCUGCUGGACCUGGGAACUAGGAUCGCUGCUACUGUGUGCCUCCUUGGCACCCCUGGAUUUGGGAUCGCCGCUGGAGACAAGGACCUGGGAUCGCUGUUGGAGGCGAGGACCUGGGAGCGCAUGGGACCUGGGCGCAUGGAGGAGAAGCAGGGGCAGGCGGAGGAGAAGCAGGGGCGGGCGGGCGGACGAUGUCCUGGUGAACAGGCGGGCUAUGGCCUAGCGGAUGGAGGAAGAAGAUGAUGGGGAUACCGAUUCAAACUAGGGGCAACGAUGUAAAUUCCACCGUUUUCACCUGGUCGGAACGAAUCCUCCAGCGACUUACAUUUCGGAACGGAGGGAGUAGUUUAUAUGCAGCAGGGCUAAUAAAUCGUUUCAUCAGCUGGCCGAGCAAAUCGUUCGUGGGGGCAUCGCAGAUUUUUGUACAGCGCCACGCCUCGAUCCGCGAUGGCCUUGCGGGUGUUGCUGAAGAAAUCCUACUCCCAGCUGGCCGGAUCUUUCUCGGGCGCGAGUAGGCUGGAGUUGCACCGGUGUGCCCAUGGAUCUCGACACCGACGACCUGCGUCGCAGACACCUGAGGAAGGCGGUGUUGCGUCUCUCAGUAAUGCUCUUAGUGGAGGUCUCCAUCCUAGACUGGCGAUCCCCAAUAACAAUGGGCUCCAUGGCUUUACAGCAAGGUACUUGAACACCUCUCCAUGUCCUCGUGAGCUUGUUACAAGAAGCUGCUCAAGGACUGGUGUGAACUCAGUAAACAUAAAUCACAUCAUGAAGUCAGCAUCUGUGCGUCCAGCUACAGGGGCUGGGCGAACUUUCUCUUCCAAGACGACCACCAGUGACGAACCUUCAAUUGAAUCACAGAUCAAAGCGAAUUGAGUCGCGUUUCGAAGGAAAAUAAGGAUUACUUCCAAUGCAUUUGUUGCUUUCGGCGUUCUGUAUUGUGGCGCACUUAUUCAUAAACAUUUAGAUUAAGAUUAAAGACGCUGGUGCCAGGGUUGUGGUGGAAGCGCUGAACCCUCGAACUCCAGAUAGAGCAGAGCGGGAUGGAGUCAUUAUAAAGGACAUCAAAGUGUAAAAUGGUGCUGGGUGUGCUUCUGCAUUGUAUAUAGAGAUGUCUAGUGGAGUUGCUCAUUAGUUGGCUCAAAUUGCUAGUAGGAGUUGCAUUGUUAGUUCUUUAUGUCUACACGAUUGUGUUUUCUUUUGAGGGCACUCCUCUGUUAAACAGGGGGAGUACCCUUUAUAGUGUUAACGCGGUUGUUCAUAA